AUGAAGCUCUACACGGGUAUUCUGGCCAUGGCCGCUAUUUUCACUAACACUGUUAUUGCUUUCGAUCCUUCGGUUUUCAACAUCAGCGAUCCUAAGCCGUGGGGCUUCUUCGUGAACAAUACCAUCUAUCAGCCAGCUAGCAAUGAGACUAUCGCAUAUCCCCGCUAUACCGAAUUAGACGAUGGAACUAUCCUUACGACUGGGUCAUUUCAGGGUCACACACCUUCUUACCUUCCCAUCUUUGAGUCAAAGGAUGGCGGCGCGACGUGGAAGCAUAUUUCCAAUGUGUAUGGUAUCAAUGGCUCGAGCAUAGGUGUACAGCCUGCCUUGGCGGUAUUAACGGAGGCCAUGGGAGACUACGCGGCUGGCACUGUCUUGGCCUCCAGUAAUACUUUGGGUGCAAACUUCACCAGAAUCAGCCUAUACGCUAGUAGAGAUACGGCAAGAACAUGGGAGUUCGUGAGCAACAUUGCCGAGAGUCAAAAGCCCGGCUCACAAAGGUCAAUUUUCGAGCCAUAUCUUCUACAAUACAACGGCCAGCUAGUAGCCUACUACUCGGAUGAGCGUGACCCCGAACACUCACAAAAGCUUUCUCAUCAAGUAUCUUCUGAUAUGAAGACGUGGGGCCCUGUUGUCGACGACGUAGCCUAUGACCAGCCCACUUACCGUCCUGGUAUGACAGUCAUAGCCUAUAUCCCACCCAUCCAGAAGUGGAUCCUUGUACACGAACAGGGCUUUGGAAGGACGACCUUUGGUGUCAGUUACCCCGUCUACUACGUCCUGGCCGACUCUCCUCUAGAAUUUGGCGAGAAUGUUGGCCAGCCUCUUGUCAUUGAUGGUCGCGCGCCCGGAUCCAGUCCGUAUGUGGUCUGGAGCCCUAUCGGAGGCCCCAAUGGCACCAUUGUGGUCUCUGAUGCGUCAAACCGCCAGGUGUUCACCAAUACGCAAGGUGGCGCUGUGGACAAAUGGGAGAAGCAUGCUACGCCCGCUGGAUCUGCGUAUGCGCGUUCUAUCCAGAUUCUGAAAGAUAGACCGGAGCACUUGGUGAUUUAUGGUGGAGAAUCAUGGACUGGUAUGCUCAACGGAGGCAAACGUCCGAUGGUGGUGACUGUAGUCAAUCUGACCGAGGCGCCUACGCGCUCUAGCAAUAAAGAAGUCAAGAAGAAAGGGAGGGGCAGACCACCAGGAAGUCGCAAUUCCGCCGUCGGCUCGAAGCCAGCGCCAAAGCCCGGCACAGCAAAGAAGAGGAAACCUUCAGCCAAACAGCAGCCACAAGAAGCCGAAGAUGAGCUGUCCCUAAUCGAACCGGCUCGAUCAAACCGGCCAAAACCUCGCAAGCGCAAAGCUGACGACACUGCUGCCGCUGCCACCGCCGAGCCAGAAGCCCAGUCGCGCGAGGAAUAUCUACGGCUCGAGGCUAAAUCAAGGAGGAUCACCCGCGACCAAGUCGACAAAUGGCCAGAAAUAUCACCCCAGGUCUUGGAGCAGGUCCUCACUGUGGUGCGCAAUGCGAAGAAGGACACGGCUGAGACACAGCGGGACGAGCGGAAGGUCAUGGCUGCAUACAAUACGCUUAACCCACUUGUACGAAGAUUGGCACGCCAACUCGCCGAGUCGCGGAUUCCCCCCCAAGCCAAAGACAUACACUUCAACAUCGAUAAGCUGACGGAGCGCAAUGCUCAGGUCUCGCGCGAGGUCACUACUGCGCGACACUCGAAGCAGCUGCUCAGUGAGCAGAUCAAGAUCGCCGAGCAUUUGCUUAGCAAGGACGAAGAAUACCUGGAGUUGAUGAAGAAGAAUGCAAAGACGUGGAGGGCUGAGUGGAAACAUCAGCGGAAGCAUGGACGUCUCCACCCCUUGCUCCAAACCGACAACGAGGUCGCCAUUGAUGGCGACGGCCCUGAGGAUAUUGGCUUGAAACCACAAAGCUCAGUAGAUCUUUCGUCCCUUGACUCGCCCGACUCUGACCUCGGCCCUGUGCUUGAGCAAUUGAAGCGCAGUCUAAAGAACAUGCAGAACAACCAUACCCAAGUAGAGGGCCUCGAUACGGCAAUAGACAACGCACAAGCUGCGCUAGACGAUGUCCUAUUUCGGCAUGCCAAUGCUGCACAGUAUGCCAACUUGUGA